GUUGUUUUGUUAGUUAUCCCAUUUUCAUGUCUGGUCCUGGUAUCGCCGCCACUGAGCCCAUGGUACAAUUGUAACUCGUGAUCGCCAACGCGUGGAGUACGCUGGUUGCUACAUUUUUCAAACGGAAACUAGAGACGCUCGCCUGUCUAAAAAGUUAGCUAACUUUCGACCUUCUUUGUUUGGGCAGUUACGUGAUAAUGUUUAAUGGCAUGGAGUCAGAACAUUCCCACAAGUUCAAAGUUAUUUCAAAAAAGCUCAGCACAUUGUUAAACAAGGAUUUUAAAGUGUAUUUAGAGAAAUGGUAUCUUCUGGAUAGACUCCGGGCAUGGACCUUUUCAUUUGAUAAACAAUUUCCAGCUUAUGCUAAAGACAAAUUUUGCCUGGACUUCAUGAAUGACAGCGAAGUACUAUCAAUCAUUCAAUGCAUGAAUACAUCUGGAAGUUGGAGCCCACUAGUAACAAAAGUCUCAUCGGUUGAUGUUGAAGAAGUACCUUGCACCCAGCUUUCCAUGGAUUUUUUCAAUCGCUUGAAGGAGUACAACAUUGUACGAGAAAGUGGACACAUAUCAAAAUGUUUUGAUGAAUUUCAUGAAGGAAUAACAAUUUCUGAUGAACUUCGAAAAAUGCUUCUACUGGAAGAUUCUAACAAUUUUGAAAGUUACUCUGAUGAAGAAAGAUCAGAAUUUUUAUUUAGAAUGUUUUCUCACAUUUGCAUUGGCGGAUCGAUAUGUCAAUAUGAAGAUAUGAUAGAACCAUAUUAUGAAGUCACAAAAUCCUUGUACAAAGACUGUGUGAGUGUACAAAAAGAUUCAAGUACAAAUGAAAUAAAAAUUGUAUCAAAAGUUUUCAAGAUAACAGCUAAGGACGAGGAAGGGACAAUAAUAUACCCAUCAAGUGGUGAUCAUAUACAGAACUUUGCAUAUUUGAUUGUAGAACCAUUUAAAAGACAUGUUACCUUGCUUUACCAUAGCUGGGGAAAAGGAUUAUGGUGACCGGAGCCAUAUCUAAAAUUUUUCAAUCAGUUGAAUUUAUAUAGUCUAUUUUUGAAAUAAAUUGUGAAAGAUGUGUA